UAUGAUAAAUGAUGCAGAACUGCAGAGGAGAAGAAAACGUUACCACGCAUCCUGUGCUGCAUUUAUGUUUGAUUUCAAGUGGCGAGGGAAAACAUGGUGUAUUGAUGCGUCAAGAGAAGAUGGAUCGUAUGGGCGGAUCGUUAAUGAUGACCACAAACAUCCAAAUUGUAAGAUGAAGAAAAUUGACGUCAAUGGAAAGCCUCACCUUUGUCUGUUUGCCCUGGAUGACAUUAAAGAAGGAGAAGAAAUUGCCUAUGAUUAUGGAGGAGAAAACUACCCAUGGAGAACACAAAUGACCAGCGCUGCUGUUAAUACCAGCACAGCGAGUAACUCUGAUCCUUCUCUCCAGUCAGAGACUCAGAUGGAUGAUGAAUCUGCUCAAAUCAACUCUCCUCAACAGAUGACCAGCGCUGCUGUUAAUACCAGCACAGCGAGUAACUCUGAUCCUUCUCUCCAGUCAGAGACUCAGAUGGAUGAUGAAUCUGCUCAAAUCAACUCUCCUCAACAGAUGACCAGCGCUGCUGUUAAUACCAGCACAGCGAGUAACUCUGAUCCUUCUCUCCAGUCAGAGACUCAGAUGGAUGAUGAAUCUGCUCAAAUCAACUCUCCUCAACAGAUGACCAGCGCUGCUGUUAAUACCAGCACAGCGAGUAACUCUGAUCCUUCUCUCCAGUCAGAGACUCAGAUGGAUGAUGAAUCUGCUCAAAUCAACUCUCCUCAGCAGAUUGUGAUACAGCUCCGAAAUGAAAAUGACAUUUUAGUACCAAGACUGAGAAGGACUAAAAGUAUCAUGAUGAAAGACAUGGAUCUUCAAGAUUCUGGGGAGCUCUUUGAUUCUACACCAGAGAGUUCAGAUAAUUAUGUUCCAGAUACCACUUCCGACAGUGACAGUGAUGUUAGCCUUACACUGAACCCAACAAAACGUCAGCUUCUUGAUGAACUGGAUAUGAAUGAAUCUGCCUCUGUAAGCUUCCCUGACUGUGACACAACAACGUCAGACAAAAUGCACAGCCUUACAUCUAAAGCAUCUGGAACAGUAGAAGAGCCCAGUUCAAGUCAGAACACAAUAGACUGCGUAGUUGUUAAUGCAUACCAAAAAAGAGAUGGCGGUAGAGUGUAUAACAAGAGACAUUACUGCUUGUAUUGCUCCAAACCUUACGCUAAGAUGGCAAGGCAUCUAGAAAGUUCACAUGCAAAUACAUCUGAUGUGGCUAGAGCUCUAAGCUUUCCAAAAGGUUCAAAAGAGAGAAAAAACAGCUGGAUUAUAUUCGCAACAAAGGGAACUAUGCCCACAAUGCUGCUGUUAUGGAAUCAGGAAAUGGGGAACUGGUGCCAUUUAAACGACCACCUAAAAAAGCACAGGGAGAGGAUUUCAUGCAUUGUGCGUACUGUCAAGGACUUUUUACAAGAAAGGUCCUGUGGCGUCAUAUGCGUUCUUGUAGACUUCAACCUCAGUCAGUCCCCCCCAAACCAGGAAAAAACCGUGUUCAGUCCAUGUGUACAUACACGGGGCCUGUGCCUUCAAACAUGACCAAACAACUGUGGGGAGUAAUCAGUGCCAUGAAUCCUGACCCAAUCACAGAUAUAAUAAAAAAUGACAGAGUAAUUACUGAAAUUGGGCAGCACUUGUUGAACAAAGGAGGGCUAUCAGCCAAAAAUAAACAGAAUGUGCGGGAGAAGAUGCGAGAAUUGGGAAGGUUGAUUCACAAGGCGAGGAGAGUCACCUCUUUAAAAACGAUGGAAGAUUGUGUAAAUCCAAAGAAGUACAUGGAGACUGUCAAAGCUGUGAAGUAUACGUGUGGGUAUGACAGUGAAACGGACAAGUUCAUGAUUCCAUCGCUUGCAAACAAGCUUGGGAAUUCCCUGGUUAAAGUGAGCAAACUCUUAAAAGCUCAGGGAUUAAUCUCAAAUGACAAACAGCUUGUUAAGAACGCCAGUGAGUUUCUAGAAGUCCAUGAGAACAAGUGGAACGAGAUGAUCUCAGCUACAGCAUUGAGGAACAUCAGUGAAGCAAAGUGGAAUGUGCCCACUAUCAUGCCCUUUACUGAAGACGUCCAGAAAAUGCAUACAUAUCUCAGUGAAGUGCAAGACAAGUGGUUCAAAACACUCUCUGAAAGUCCCUCUACUAAAGCCUGGAUGGAGCUGGCAAAGGUGUGUCUAGCCCAGAUGAUUCUCUUUAACCGCCGCAGGGAAGGAGAGGUUUCGAGCAUGCCUUUGUCUGCAUUUCUAUCAAGAGACACUUCUGAUCCACAUGAGGAUGUGGACUGGGCACUCUCUGAAGUGGAAAAAAACUCUGCAGACACUUCACAAGGGUUAUCACAAGGGGAAAGCGUGGUCGACCAGUUCCAAUUCUUCUGACUCCAAAAAUGCUAUGUGCCUUAGAACUCCUUGUUAAGCAGAGAGAGGCUUGUGGGGUUCUGAAAAACAAUCCCUAUAUGUUUGCAAGACCAGAAGCCAUGACACAUUUUCGAGGGUCAGACUGCCUCCGUGGCUUUGCUAAGGUGUGUGGCGCAAAGUGUCCCAAGUCACUGACAUCUACAAGACUGCGAAAGCAUGCCGCAACGCUUUCAACUGUGCUGAAUAUGACUGACACAGAGAUGGACCAGCUGGCAAACUUUCUUGGACACGACAUAAGAAUCCAUCGUGAGUUCUAUCGACUCCCUGAGAAGACCCUGCAACUUGCCAAGAUCAGCAAAGUUCUAAUGGCUCUUGAGCAAGGAAGAUUAGCUGAGUUCCAUGGCAAGAACUUGGAUGAAAUUGGGAUAGAUCCUGAUGAAAAAGUUAUUGACUGUGAUGAGGAAGACGGGAGCAUACAAGAGAGACACUGUUCAUCUACUGUUGACGAACCAUCUUCAGAGGUGGCACUUCCUCCUACCGAGAGGAAUGACAUGCCGCCACCACCCAAGAGACCACGCAGACCACCAUCAGAUGAAGAGAUGCCUUCAGGAGCCAGUGCUGUGAGGCCUUCUUCCAAAGGUAAAAGUACCCAGAAGACACCCUGGCAGCAGACAGAGGUGCAGGCGGUUGAAAGGCACAUGCAGCGAUUCAUCACAUCGCUCACUGUACCAGCAAAGAGCGACUGUGAGAAAUGUUUGAAAGCUGAACCAGGAGCGCUGAAGAACCGCGAUUGGAAGACUGUAAAAUUUUACAUUUAUAAUCGUAUUACAGCUUACAAAAAGAAAUUGCAGUGCAAAUAAUAAUAAUGUUAAGAUCCAACUCUGUCAUGGCAGGUUUUGUUCAAGAUGUUAAAAGGUUAAAGAUGUUUUUGGGUUUACUAACCCUUUAAAACUACAGAAACACGUGUAGGCUAUAGAAUAACUUUAUUUGAAAUGUUUUAUGAUGACCACCAGUCGGAAAGCAUUGGUCGAACAAAGUUAUUUUAUGGUUGUAGUUUGUUUAAAUCCACAUGUAUGUGAAAGCAUGUGUGAAAGUUAUAUAUAUGUUUUUUUUUAUACUUUUAAUAUCAGGACUUUGUUUUGAGGUAUGACUCCAUUUGAGUUAUUUUGUUAAGUUGAACUCAAUAAAAGUUGAAUUCAGCAAUUGUAAUGUAAAUUAAUGUAUUGAAGCUCAAUUAGUAGUAGAUUUUUUUAAAUACGUAUCAGGUGAAUGAGUAGCAGCUGAUGCUGGGAGGUUGACUGAAAAAUUACAAUUAUAGAAAGAAUAGUUUGAAGUGGAAAGGUUUGAAUGUUUGACUUGUGGUUAUGAAAUGGGUUGGAAAAUAUCCAGAAAAUAAUUCACUACUUGCAUGCAGUCCUCCAUUCACAUACAAUCCACUUCUAUCACACUACUAUUCCAAUCAAACGUAGGAACAAUCCAUCGAUCCAAACAAAUAUUCUGCAUGUUGAGGAGAUGAUUACAAGCACAACACUAGGGCCUGGUUUCACAGACAGGAUUUAGA